AAAGUGUCCAAUAGUGAUUCUUCAAAGAUAUAUAUUAAAAGAAAGUACUCGUUGUACCGUUGCAAUAAUUGGGUUAUUUUAAGAAAUACCACUGUAUUUGUUCAGACAUUUAAAAAGUCGUGUGAUCAGGGGAAUUGAAAAUCAUUGACAGUUGAUUUUUUACCGACUGAUUAGAUUUCUCUGUCGUCUUGGUUGUCUUGGUUUGUGAAAAAUGACGGAAAAGACGCGGUUAAAGAAAGCGGGAACUGCAACUGGAAAGAGCAAGGAAAAUGCUGUAUUGAAAGAUGGAAGUCUGGCUGUAUUAGCGAGAGUCGUAGGUGUAAAACAACUUAAAGGAUUAAUGUUGGCCAUGUAUUUAAAUAUACCGAACACAUCUAUUAUUAAUCUGAUUAAUGAACAAUGCCCAGAAACCGGAUUAUCUGAUGCAAAUGACAAAGUGAUGAUUGAAACAACACAGAAAUGUUUGUUGUAUUGGAAACAAAUUCGAUCAAAUUCAAAAGACAAGGAUAAACUUAAGGAACUUAAAACAGCUUUGGAAAAGUUAGGAGAGGAAGACAUCAGAAAGGUUAUCGAGGAUAAAGCAGCUGACAAUUUAGAAUUGACAGCCGACGCUUUUUCGGAGUGAAUGUUUCUUUUCUGUAUUCAUUUUUUUUUCAUUAUUUAUAUGGCAAUGAACUUUUUAGAUACAAUAUAGUAUUGCUAUCUAUAGCAUUAUAAAUCUGUGAUAUAUGAAAAUAUUUAACCUAUGUAAAUUCAAAAAUAAAAUGAUAAUAUAUGUCUG